AUGACCACUCUUCGCCUUCAAGAUGUCAACAAUGACCUCCAAGGCCGGCUGGCCUUAGUCACAGGAUCGAGUGGUGGCAUCGGCUUAGCUUGUGCUAAGGCAUUAGCCGCAGAAGGCUGUGACAUAAUUCUGCAUUACUCCUCCAGUCAUGAAAAGGCAGAGUCACUCGCUUCCGACUUACGGAAGACCUACCCGUCGCAAUUGUUCGUCACCGCCCAAGCCGACCUGACAGAUCGUGAAGCGACUCGAAACCUCGUAUCGAAAAUUCUCUCCAACCCUGUCGUCUCCGAGAAGCACAAUGUGAUAUCAAUCUUAGUGGCAAAUGCCGGACUUGGGCGCCGUAUUAGGGACGUGAAAAACAUUGAAGAAGAAGACUGGGAUGAAAUGAUGGAAAUUAAUAUCCGAAGCCAGUUCGUCGUCACCAAGACUUGUGUGGAGGGUAUGCGAGCACAGAACUGGGGAAGAGUCAUUUUUGUGGGCAGCAUUGCGAGUCGCGGAAGCGGUUUAAACGGUUGUCAUUAUGCGGCUUCCAAAGGAGCUUUAUCCUCCAUGGCCCUCAACUUGGCUACUCUGCUUGCACCAGAGGGAGUCACUGUUAAUGUGGUAUCGCCAGCCAUGAUUGGGUCGACAGGCAUGAUUCCGGCCCCAAAGGCACAGACAUGGUCAUCGGAUUGCGACGUAGAGGCGCUGAUGUGGUCGGAUCUCGGUCUCGCAAUCGCAAGUGGCGUGCCGGUACAUCGACUUGGAGUUCCAGAAGAAGUUGGCAAUGUGGUUGCAAUGUUUGCCAAGACUGGGUACAUGACGGGCCAGGACAUACUGCUCACAGGUGGUUUAAAAUAG